GGAUCCGCCUCCUGCUGCGACGGCAGCGACGCGUGGCGGAUCCAGCGGGCGCGCCUCGAGGAGCAGCAUGCCGCCUCUGUUCGCCAGCGGCGGCCACGCUUUCUGCCCUUUGCUGACGCGCGGCAGUGGGCCCGCGCCAUGUUUUUCACUGAGGAGGCUGACUGGCGCGACUGGAUUGCCAACGGAGAGAAGCGAAACCCCUACGUCCCCCGCGAGCCGGACGUGGUGUACGCGGACCGGGGCUGGGAAGGCUGGGACGACUUCCUCAACGGCGAGAUCGAGAGCCUGAGCGACAUUAUGCGGCCGGGCUACAAGCGCGGCCGGUGGCUGAGCGGCCCUCUGAGCGAAGAGAGCCACCCGGAGAACCUGCCGCCUGAGGACGGCGAGGGCCAGCAGGAGGACGAUCGGCCGCGCCGGUCCUGACCUUCCCUCACGCCACCGAGCCCUGUGCCUGUGGCUUGCCAUGCGCGUGUGGGCCGGGGUCCGCCCGCUCGGCCCGCCCGCGCUGCAUGGCCCGCGCCGGGGCGCGCGGGGAGAGACCGAGUGCGGCUCUCAGUGUGCGACCUGCGACCGGUCGAUGCUCGAUCUUGUACAUAUCGUGUUUUGUACCAUAGGGUGGCCGAGU